UGCGCGCGGGGUGGCCGGAGUUCCAAAGUCUCUUCUUGCUGGGGCCUCGCAGGCAGCAUGGAGACAGCGGAGGACUCGAGGGGCGCUGACAGCGACGGGCCGCGGCACCUGGGACUCUGCGUCCUCUGCGGCCUCCCCGCAGCAGGAAAGUCAACCUUGGCGCGCGUCCUCGGCCAGUGGCUGCGGCGGGAGCGGGGCUGGGCCGUGGGCGUCCUGUCUUACGACGACUUAAUGCCUGCCGCACCGCUGGACGGCGCGGGCGCGGGGCCGCCGCCAUACCAGUGGAAAAUGUCCCGGCAGGAACUGUUGAAGUACCUGGAAUGCUUCUUGAUGGCUGUUGUUAACAGGUGUCAGAUGUCUGCCCCACCCAACAGGACUGAAUCUAUGUGGGAAGAUUUUGUAACCUGCCUAAAGGAUCAAGAUCUGAUCAUUUCUGCAGCACUUGAGGCCCAGCCGGUUUAUCUCGUAGCAGAAACUGCUAUUUCUAGACCUUUAGUUUUGGUUCUAGAUGACAAUUUUUAUUAUCAAAGUAUGAGAUAUGAAGUCUACCAACUGGCUCGGAAAUAUUCGUUGGGUUUUUGCCAACUCUUUUUAGACUGCCCACUUGAGACGUGUUUGCAGAGGAAUGGCCAGAGACCACAGGUGCUGCCUGCUGACACCAUCCACCAGAUGGAGAGAAAGAUAGAAAGGCCCAACCCUGAGAAAAAUGCUUGGGAGCACAACAGCCUCACAGUUCAGAGUCCAGUGCAUUUGUCAGAGGCCAGCCUGGAAGUGGUUGAUUUAUUGCUUACCUCUUUGGAAAAUCCAGUAAAAUACGUUGAGGAGAAUAUGGAACAAAAGGAAACGGACAGGAUUAUUUGUUCAACUAACGUUUUUCAUAAAGCUGAUCAGACACUCCGAAGAAUUGUCUCUGAGACAAUGAAGGAAGCAAAAGAUGAACAAGUGCUUCCUAACAACUUAAAGCAACUGGCAGAAGAACUUAACAAGCUCAAGUCAGAAAUUCUGGAAGACUUAAGGCAAGGGAAACUGUGCUUUCAGCAAACCACCGACUUAUCUGAUGUUGUUUCUUUUUUUUGUGAUGAGAAAGAUAAUAUUGUACAGAAAUAUUUUUCAAAGCAACACCAACAUUAAAUUUUCUAAAUUUCCAAUAAAAUGUCUGAUUUUGAUAGGCAUUUGCAAACAA